GAAACAGCAGCACUUACCCUGUACUUUCACCAACCUCCUAGUGGCUUGAAGCUAGUAUAUGAGAAUGGCUACACCCUAAAACAUUAUUUAAGAUAUGAUUGCAAUCACAAGUCAGCAAGGAUCUGUCCUGACACUCCUGUGUCUAGCCAUCCUAGGGUUCGUUUCUGCUUUCUGCCUAUGGUGUGGAAAGAGAUCUAAGAUAGUUCAAGAGGAUAACCAGAUUUACAACCAGGAAAUACUUCAACGGGAUGGGAGCAAAUUUGCUGUGACACGAACAAAAACAGUGACAAGACCCAACCAGAAGAGCCCUGAGCAGCCUCUGUGUAACAAGACAGGGCAAUUUGCACAUGCAUCUAAAGUCCACUUAGAUGCUGUUGAAGACACUCAAGGCAGUUACCAGAAUGUUCCCAGUCCAAAAAAUUGCAAUACAGAACAAAUAUAUGUAGAUCCAAUUCCAACCCCACCAUUCAGAACUCCACCUGAUGAGCUCAUGGAUAAUGAUACAGAUACCUACAUCAAUAUUUUACCAACACAAGAUAUUGACCAUGACUCUGACAGCAAUGACUAUGAAAAUGCACAAUUUCUGCAUAACGCUGAUGAAGAUGAACCAGAUUAUGUGAACGCUAAAGAGGAUUAACAACUUUAUCAGCAUAAAAAAAAGACAAGAAUAAAAUGUGUUUAAGGUACUUGGAAUGAGUAAGAAAACAGAAGUUUUUUGCAGUGUCAUUAGUUACUUGAGAAUUGUGUGAAACUAUAACAAUGCACCAACCCCCGUUUUUACAAUAAGAUUAAGCAAUUUAUCUUUAUUAGUAAUCUAUUGUAUUGCAAUGUCACUACACUAAAAUGAUCCUGAGCUUUUAGUAGUAAUAACAGCUUCUUAGACCAAAGCAAAGUGUAAUGCCUGCUGACAUACAGCAUGAUGUAUAGUAUAUAUGCUUUUCCCCCCUCAUAACAUAGUAGUCAAACUACUGGCUAUUUUUGGGAAAUGGUCAAUUUUUGUAAUAAAUCUGAAACUGGCUAAAA